CAUAUGUCAAUGUCAUUAUACAAAUUUGAAAUCUAAUCAUGGCGAGUUUUUCUCGAAUAUCGCGAAAAUUACUUAAAAGCACAAAUUUCCCUACAAUUCUAACUCGUAAUAAUAGUUUUGUAAAACAAAAUAAUAACAAAAAUGUGUGGACCGCGUGUGCUUGUGUUAUCAGUGGUGGUGUAUUGUUAUAUGCUGCUAAAAAUAGGUAUGGACGACACACAGUUUACGCGCUCAAAGCUAAGCAACCCGAUGAACUGGUUAAAUCGGUGAAAUUGACGUCUCGGGAACGACGGUUCAUCAAAUUUGCGAGUGUCGAGUAUGGAGGACAGCUUUAUAUGACCCCUCAGGAUUUUUUGGAGUCGGUGGUCGAGCAGGAACCUCGCCCUCGCCUAAAACGACGCGUGCUCAGCGCUAAAGAGAUUGAACAGCUGCGCGACUCAACACCGCAACUGAAACGGGGCUCGUCACAAAUGUUUCGCAAUAUGAGAGAUAAAGGAAUUAUUUCAUACACGGAAUACCUGUUUCUUCUCUCCAUUUUGACAAAGCCAGCAUCCGGCUUCCAGAUCGCCUUCAAUAUGUUCGAUACUGAUGGUAACCAAAGGGUGGAUAAGAAUGAGUUUCUAGUCAUUCAACGGCUGCUCGGUGGUUCAGUGAGGGAGAGAAAAGAUUUGGACAUGUACACUCAACGAGCACUGCUUUCUCUAGUUUCUGCGAACUCGGUCAAGAAUAGAGAAGAGACGAAACCGGCUAAGUCUUCGAUUAUGGAAAAGAUAUUUAGUUUCGCUUGGCGUGACAAACGCGGGAUUGCCGAGGAGGAGAAAGUGGAGAAGAAUGGAGAAGAGAAGGGAAAAGAGGGCAAGGAGCCACAGGAAAAUUACAUCAAUGACGAUCAGGGACUUCAGAGGAGGCACAAUGUGGACACGAUGCUUCAGGUACAUUUCUUCGGUAAGAAAGGCAACAACGAUCUGAAGUUUGAAGGUUUUCGCCUGUUUAUGGAGAAUUUGCAGACGGAAGUGUUAGAGCUUGAAUUCCACGAGUUUUCUAAAGGUCACGAAACAAUAUCGGAAGUGGAUUUUGCAAAAAUUCUCCUCCGUUACACGUAUUUAGAUACAGAUGAAUACGACAUGUAUCUCGAUCGAUUAUUGGACCGGGUGAAGUACGGGCAAGGGAUCACGUUUCACGAGUUCAAAACGUUUUGUCAGUUUCUGAAUAAUUUGGAAGAUUUCACCAUUGCCAUGAGGAUGUAUACGCUGGCUGAUCAUCCGAUAUCUAAAGAUGAAUUUCACCGCGCGGUAAAAAUUUGUACUGGAAUCGCUCAAUCGGAGCACUUAGUGAGUACGGUGUUCGCGAUUUUCGAUGCGGACGGAGAUGGGUUAUUGAGCUAUAAGGAGUUCAUCGCUAUCAUGAAGGAUAGACUUCAUAGGGGAUUUAAGUCUUCGGCGAAAAAUGAAGGUUGGGAGGCCUUCAAGUCGUGCGUCAAACAGGAAAUGAAAAGCGCAGUUUAAAUUAUUUAUAUGCUGACUUAAUCAUAACCAUAGUGUAGAAAAAAUACAUUUUAUUAUUUAUUCAUUGCUGUGAAGCAUACCUGUGAAACGGGUUAAUAGCGUAAUUUAUUUAUUUGCACAGAAAGUUACCGUCUUUAUUUAUUAUGUAAUCCAAGAGAUUAUUAUUAUUAACAAACUAUUACUUUAAUAAUUAUUGAAUUAUAUUUACAAUUUAUAAAAAUAACUUUUGAUGUAAUUUGUCUAGAUCUCUUAAUGUGAGUCUCCUAAACUUUAUACAUAUAUAUUAUAUAAUAAGCCUGGCUUGCCUCUAUUAUCUAUCCCCCUUAUCGAUGAACGCUUCUCAAAUUUUUAAACAUUAUUUAAUUUUUUUACCUAUAACCGAUUGACAGAUAAGAUGGCGGAUGAGUAGGUGUUAUUUGUUAAUUAAAUGACUUUUUUCUUUUUAACAAUUAAAAAAUUAUGUUAUAGAAUUAAAUUUGUUAAUUACUUAACAGCAUACGAUUUUAUCAGUUAGAUAUUUUAAACGUUAAGAGUUUGAGAGCUGUUUAGUUGAAGGGAUAAUGCCUAGCGAUUCAAGAUAAUAAAAAAAGUUUUUAAUGUUGUGUAUUUUACUAAUAUAAUUUAACUACUGUACGUAACAUAAAAACUUGUUUUGUUGGAAUAUUCAUUUUAGUACAUCGAUGAGUAUGCCAAAGUAUAAAACGCGAGUUAUAUGUGUUAAAUAUUUCUAUUAAUUUGUUAAAUAUUUCUUAACAAAAUCGUUCACAAAUUCAUGCUAGAACACCACGAACAACAUGAAAAUCUCGAACGAUUCUGUAUGGAAAGCUUGGUCAAAUUUAUGGAGGAUUUUUUAAAUAUCAUAGAUCAUCGGUACUUUUUAAUAUCCAAUUUGGGUACAGUUAUCUCGGUAUCAGUAGCGCUGAUUUUGCAAUUUCGCUUGUAAAAUCAAUAAUUAAUAAUAAUUAUUAAUUAAUAAUUUUAAUAAUUUGGUAAUUUUUUAAAUUUGUACGGUGCGGGCGUAAGUUCUUACUACGGAUUUGUAUAUUUAGGGCCUGUUUCACAAUGUAUGGAUAAAGUACCAAAUAGCUAUCCAACACAUAAAUUAUUCGAAAGAUACUUCCGAAUAAGAUCUUCCCAUUUCAUGACAAAUAGCGCUAUCUGACAGUCGUGAAACGCAAAAAUACUGUUUAUCCUACCAAUAAGUAAUAAAUAGCUUAUUUGGAACUUAUCCGGACAUUGUGAAACAGACUCUUAUUAUAUCAAUGUUACCGAUACAAUAAGUGAAUAUUAUAGUGAAUUGUAACGCUUGUUUAGAAAUAAUGAACGCUUAACAAUUUAAUUAAUUUAAUCUGCUUAACUAGAUUUUAACAAAUAUUAACACCCAUGCACAAAUUUAUAAAAUAUUUAAAAAUGCAAUUUAUCAGUGAGAUUUUUAUUGUAUUUUUUAUCGGGUUGUUGUUUAAAAAUAAUUGUCAUGGCUAGUAAGUUUUAUGAUACUUUCGAUAUCUAAAGCUCCAAUAUACGAACCGUGAUUGCUAAGAAACCUAAUUUUAAAUAGGUUAUAUGUAUCGAAAUGUGCUUUGACAGCCGUUCUUUUUCAGAGAAAUAAAAUUGUAAAACAACAAUUUCUAUUGUGACCGUUAUUGAUACGAUUAAAAUAAGAUCCAAUGAUGUAGUAAUCUUCCUAUUAGUGGUUAUGUUAAGGGCUUUUGAUAAUAUAGACCUGUUUUCAAUUAUUCACAAAAUUAUGUUACCUUAACAGGCUAAACUAAUACGAUACAGUAAUAGUGAGUCCACGGAGAUGCGCCCCACUAUUUCUCCUAACCGUUAUACUACAUUCACACAAGCUUCGAUGUGUGUUAUCGGUACACACACUACAAUAAACCGCUGAUGGUUCGCAACUGACGCUGGGAGCAAACACCCCGUACCCCGUGAUCCCCUUAACUAAAAUUUGGUGGGGCGCGUCUUCGUGAAUUGCACUAUCUAUAUAGACCUGCUACUGAAUAAAUUUACAGACCUCUGUAAUACCAUACUGGUUUAAAUUACUAGAAUUGGCUGUAACUGUAAAAAUCCUAGCUCAAUUUCUAAGUUUUAAUAUAGCCGUGCAGAAAUUCAGUGAAUAUUAUAAUAGAUAAUUAUUAAUCUACUGGCCAUGAAUAUAUUGUUUACUGUGUACUUAAUUCUGGUUGUUAUUAACAGUAUUAAUUAUGAAAAUGUUACCAUUAUUAUUUGCUAGUCAUAUUGUAAGUCGCUAAAUAAAGUCACUUCAAACUUCAUGGUUUGUUUAAUUUAUACCUCUACUAAAAUUUAGCAAAAUGCUUUUCGCUUAUAUACAAAUCAUGACGUUUGGAGAUGUUUAUGCAAUU